AUGACCGGAGAGGGGGAGGCGAUCGAGGGAGACGUCGGGGCGGGGAGUAGCGCGGCGCAAGGCGGGGCGAUUGAUUGGAAUGAUGGUGGAAAUGCAACGGUUUUAGAUGAGGUCGCGACGGAGGUGGAUAUGGAAGAAGGGGAAGAGCGGGACGAAGAUAGUUUCACGCUGGCAGAUGCGUCGUCGCGGGAGGUGUAUUUGCACGAGCUGAUUGAGUUGGAUGCGUUUCUGGGCCAGCGGGUAGCGGAGCUGUCGCGGUCUGGUGACUCAGAGAUUGGGCUCGUUCUGCAACAAUGGAGCGAGCGCCCCAGCUGUAUGUCGCGACUGGACAGGUCGCAAGUUGACAAGCUGCGCGACAACGUGCGCGGCUGCACGCGUGCGCUAAACGGGGCCGAGACGCGGCGGCUGCUGGCGCUGCAGCGGGAGAAGCGUGUCGUAGCGCGGGCCGCGCGCGACGUGGUCGAGAAGAAGCACGCGGCGGAGCGCAUGCACGCAGCGAUCGAUGUCGUCAGACGGAGGAAAGAGGGAGCCACAGCUGAGCUGAAGGAGGUCGCCGAAGAGUGGGCCGUUGUCGAGAAGGAGACGGCCGCGGUCAAGAGGAGGACGGAGAAGGCUUUGGGGGGGCUUUAUCGCGGGAGACGCGUGGUUAUUAUGGGGGAGAUAAACCAGGUUUUCGCAAUGGGGUGA